AAUUAUUUAAAGUUGUCUGAAUUGAGCUGGCCGCUAGCUUCUCUCAGCUCAGUAUCAUUCGUUUUGACAUUUUAGUUUUCUUAAUUGCAACGCAGUUUUAGCAUCAUUAAUGGCGAGAAGGGGGAAAGGACGGGCUAUUGGGAUCGAUUUGGGUACGACGUAUUCGUGUGUGGGGGCGUGGCAGCAUGACCGCAUUGAGAUUAUAGCAAACGAUCAGGGCAACCGCACCACCCCUUCUUACGUAGCUUUCACCGCCUUCGAGCGUCUCAUCGGCAACGCCGCUAAGAAUCAAGUCGCCAAUAAUCCCAUCAACACUGUUUAUGAUGUUAAGAGAUUGAUCGGUCGCAAAUUUAGUGACACAACGGUUCAGAGUGACAUUACAUUUUGGCCAUUCAAGGUCAUUCCUGACGCUGAUGAUAGGCCUAUGGUCGUGGUAACCUACAAAGGACAUGAGAAACAAUUUUCUGCUGAGCAGAUCUCUUCGAUGGUGCUCACUAAGAUGAAGGAUAUCGCCGAGGCAUAUCUUGGAUCAACAGUGAAGAACGCUGUCGUGACAGUGCCUGCUUAUUUCAACGACUCUCAACGUCAGGCCACCAUAGCCGCCGGAGCCAUUGCAGGCCUUAAUAUUAUGAGGAUCAUCAAUGAGCCUACUUCUGCAGCCAUCGCAUACGGUCUUGAUAAAGUGGGUAAUGUGGCUAAGAACGUGCUUAUUUUCGACCUUGGUGGUGGCACAUUCGAUGUGUCUGUGGCCAUGAUUGAAUCUGGUAUCAUUGAAGUGAAGGCUAUUGCAGGAGAUACUCAUCUUGGAGGGCAAGACUUUGACAACAGGAUGGUGGAGUACUUCAUUAAAUUGUUCAGAAGAAGGAAGGGUAAAGAUAUUAGUGGGAAUCUAAGAGCUAUUAGGAGAUUAAAAAGUGCUUGUGAAAGAGCCAAGAGGAUCCUUUCCCACACUAAGGAAACCCCAAUUGAGAUUGAAUCUUUGUUUGAGGGGAUUGAUCUAUUUUCGACUAUCACUCGUGCUAAAUUUAAUGAGCUCAACAUGGAUUUGUUCAACAAGUGUAUAGAACUGGUUGAGAAAUGUCUGAGUGAUGCAAAGAUGCAAUGGAGGAGUGUGGAUGAGGUGGUGCUGGUGGGCGGGUCGAGUAGAAUUCCGAAGGUGCAGGAGAUGUUGCAGGAGUUUUUUGGUGGGAAAAAGGUGCGCAAGACCAUUAAUCCAGACGAAGCUGUGGCAUAUGGUGCUGCUGUGUUGGCUGCCAAGUUGAAUGGACAAGGCAAUGAGAAGGUGCAAAAUGUGGUUCUUUUGGAUGUUACUCCUUUGUCUCUUGGUAUUGAAUGCAACGGAGAUGUGAUGAGUGUAAUUAUUCCGAGGAACACACCUAUCCCAACUAGGUGGCAGAAAAAUGGCUUUCCAACAACGAUGGACAAUCAGACCAGUGUGAGGUUUACGGUAUAUGAAGGUGAAAGAAGCAAGGCGACAGACAACAAUCUGCUAGGUGAAUUCUGGCUAAAAGGCAUUCCAGCAGCACCCAGAGGUGUUGCUACAUUCAAAGUGUGCUUCGGCAUCGAUGAGAAUGGUAUCUUGAAUGUGUCAGCGAUGCACACAAACACUGGAAUAACGAACAGCAUCACCAUCACAAACGAAAAUGGUAGGCUGUCGAAGGUAGAAAUUGAAAAGAUGAUUCAGGAUGCAAAGAAGUACAAGUUGGAGGAUGAGGAGCACAAAAAGAAGGUUAAGGCUAGGCGUGAUGUGGAGGACUAUGCCUACAACACGAGAAACGCCAUUAGAAGUUCAGCAAAGCUCAAAGCAAAUGACAAGAAGAAGAUGGAGGAUGCUUUCAAAUCUUUCACACAGUGGUUGGAAUCCAACAAACAUGCAGAGGCUGAUGUUUUUAAAAACAAGAUGAAAGAGCUCCAGGCUGUUUUCAAUCCCAUCAUCACCAACAUGAAUUAAUGAUGAAAAUUGAUUGUAAAGACAACAUGAAUGAAGAUACAUUAUUGACUUCA